UUAAAAAAACUUUAUUUAAAUAAUUUUUGUUAAUAGACUGUGUAACAAUGGCGUUAAAACCAACACAAGUAAAUAAGGAACUUGAAGAAAAACCGAAAUUCAAUAGACCAAUAGUAUGGCGUAAUGUAAUUGUUUUAUCGUUGCUACAUCUUGGUGCCCUGGGUGGACUUUACCUCUCAUUUACAUCGGCGAAAUAUAUGACUAUUUUUUUCGCAAUUUUUUUAUACGAAUUUAGCCUUUUGGGAAUCUCAGCUGGGGCUCAUCGACUUUGGUCCCAUCGAUCCUACAAAGCCAAGGGGAAGGUCCCAGAUGCAUAUUAUACGAUAUUGGUGAUAUUGCUCUGCUUUGUUUUGCCAACCGUUAUCCCGGUCGUAUUUUGGGAAGAAAAAUGGCUAAACGCCUACUUAAUCCCCGGCGUUCUUCGUCAUAUUUUGCUACUAAAUAUAGCUUUAAUGAUUAAUUUAAUAGGCCACAGAUAUGGUUAUAAACCAUAUGACAAAUAUAUAAAUCAAGCAGACAAUUUAAUUUUUUCUAUAUUUUCCUCGGGAGAAGGAUGGCACAACUAUCAUCACGUCUUUCCGGGGGAUUAUAGAUCUAUUGAAUUAAAAAGUAUGCUUAAUUUAACAAAAAUGUUUAUCGAAUUUUUCGAAAAAAUCGGUUGGGCCCACGAUUUGAAAUAUGCAUCGGAUGAAACGAUAAGAAAACGUAUGAAGAGAACGGGCGACGGAAAAUGGGUCAAACAGUAUAAUUAUAAUUAAAUCAAUAAAAUAAUUUUUGGUUUACAGUUUUUCUUAGUUCUU